AUGUUUCUAUCAAAAGUUAUGAAUAACGCUGUUGAAAUAAUUGUACCUCACAUAAAAACCAAAGUCGAAAAAUUAGAGGAAGAAUGGAAGUAUAUACAACGCUUUUACAAUUCUUCGAAUAAUAAAGAUUUGUCGAAAUCAAAGUUAUUUUCUAAAGAACUUUCCAAUCAUCUUGAAAAUAUGAUUCGGUACAUCAAAGAAGAAGAUAUUAAGAUUCGGAUGUCAUCUAAUCAAUUUGCAAACCGACAUUGUAUUGAUUUUAUUCUGGAAAAAAAUGUUUUACUUUGUUUGGUUAACUAUGCACAAAAUGACUCUUUUAUAAAAAUUGAAGUGGUCAAAUUCUUUACACAUUUUGUAACAUGUAUUCAACCAUUAUUACUUUCUGCUAUGCACAAUCCGCUUGAACAACUAAUAUCUUUAUUAAGUGAAAUUGAUGAAAAUGAUAUCAUGCUGAAACAAGAAUUGGUUAAAUUAAUUCACGUUGUUAUAAGACAUGUAAUAAGUUUACCUGAAUUACUUGUGUUGUAUUUUAAAAAUGACGAUAAAGAUAAGUCGAAAUUUCCAAUGUUUUCAAUACUAUUGAAUUGCAUAAAUACUCCAGGGCAAAUUGGACGUGUGUCUAGAGAAGCAUUAUCCAUGAUCAUUCUCUUAUGUAAAGAUGAUAAAUGUUUCUGUUCUUUUUUAUUGAAUGAAACACAGUUCUUUGAAAUUUUGAAUUUUCAGCUAAAGAUAGCAUUUGCUGCAUUACCAAACACAAAUACUCUAAUUGUGAUUACAAAUGCAAACAAUGUUGCUACAAAUUCUCUAACUAAUUGGAAAUUUCCGAAAAAACAAUAUACUGAUUCUGGAAGAAAUUCAAGACGUAAUUCUAGUAAUCAAAUAGAUAAUGUUAGUAAACAAUCUACUGAAGAUACAGAUCAGAUUGACACAAGCCCUGAAGUAACUAUCGAAGAAUUCUUUGAAUUAUGGGCAUUUAUUAAUAAGAUUUAUGAAAUUGAUAGUGAGACAAUAACUUCAAAACUGGUGGACGUCCUAAUAAAUGGUUUUUUUAAACAUUCUAUUGUACCAGCUUUACUCAGUCCAUUGGACGAGCAGGCAACUGCUGCAACAAGUUACCUUACAGAAAUUAUAAAAUCCAUCAGGUUUUAUCCAAUUUUAGAUAAAAUUCUUGUUCUACUUUUAGGUACAUCUCUUGAUCCUGAAAUAGCUCCUGAUGAACUUUCGCAGCAAGAUGCGGAUGCUAAAAAGACUACUCAAAUAGCUUCAUUAAGAGAAAUAUUAAUAGAACGUGGUGGUAGUCCCGAUGAUAGGAUUUCUUUAGCUACUCUAAAAUUAUUUGAUUCUAUACUAGAGUCAUUUAAUCAGUUCGGAUUGUACAAUCUAAUAUUUCGUAAUUUGGCCGAUCUUGAUACUUUCACGAAUGAAAAUUCUGUAAAAUAUUUACCAUAUAAUGAAAGAAAUUCGAAGGUAUUACUGCAUAGAUUACUUUCGUUGAUGCCACAAGAAGAUCACCCAUCAACUCCAACUUCGAUUUCAUUAGUCGUGGAAUUGGCUAGAAAAUUAGAUGAUGAAUUUGAUUAUGAAGAUUAUUUUUUAGAUGCUCAAAAACAAGUUCAAAUUAUUUCCUUAGCAUGUGAAAAUUGGUCUAAUCCUUAUCCUAUACCUUCAUCAUCAUCCUCUUCUAAUACUAAAGUACGAAGUAAAUUUUUUGAAGGUUCAUUUAUAACUAUGAUAUUUGAACAAUUAGAAAGCUUUCUUGAGAUGCCAUUAGAAAGAAAUUUGGUACUUACAAAUAUAAUAAGUAAAUUAGCUUGUAUACCAGAUAAAAGAAUUGAUUGGUUAUUGUACGGUGAAUUUUAUUCAAAUGAUAAAGUUGAUGUUAAUAUUAACGAUUCAAGUUUAAAAUUAAAUGAUCGAAAAUGUUUAGCUGAUAUUUUGGAAAAGAUCGCAUCAGACGCGAAAUUAGGUGCAUCAAAAGUUCCUAACUUUCAAACACGUGUUCAAUUAGCAAAACGACGUGGAAUGAGUAAUUCUUCCAGAAUGUCAUUUCAUAAAAGUAGUAGAUCAGGUAGUAUUUCAAGUAGUACACCAGUAUCACCUAUAUUAACAACACCUACUCAUAGUCGUACUCCAUCAACCGUGUCAUCAAAAAAAUCUAUUGAAUUAACAUCUAUUUAUAGUUUAACAAGUGAACCAACUUCGGCUCACUAUAAAGAUAAUACUAUAAAUCCUUUUGCGAAAUUUACAAAUUUUGUAAAUGCUUUUAUAGUAUUACAAGAAUUCUGCAAAGAAUUAGCAGCUAUUCUAUAUGUUAAAUAUUUGUAUAGUGAUCAUUAUGCUACAAUUAUUGAGGAGCAAAAGUAUGAUAUCAAAAAUAGCUCUGAUAAUCAAGAAAUUGGAUUUGACGAUGAUUCGUCUAAUUUUAAAAAUAACAAUGAUCAAGUAAAAAACAAUGAUUUAAAGGAUGAUGUUAUAUUAAUGCGAAAUAGUGAAAAUUUUGCAAAAUUGGUAAGAGAUACCAUGUCGGAAAUAAUAUAA